AUGAAGAAAGAUAGAGAGCCAAUAGACGAAGAUGAAAUGAGAAUCACUUCCACUGGAAGAAUGACAAAUUAUGUAAAUUAUGGUGCGAAAAUUUUAGGAGAAGAAGAUAAGAAGAGUUUGAAAAUAAAAGCCACAGGAAAUGCCAUCGGAAAAGCAGUGACAUUAGCAGAAAUAAUUAAAAGACGAUUUAAAGGAUUACAUCAGAUAACUAGAUGUGGUAGCACGGUUAUAACAGACCAGUACGUUAGUGGGCAAGAUAAUAAUGAACAUGUGGUUCAGGAGAAAACUGUAUCCUUUAUUGACAUAUUAUUAUCAAGAGAUCAGUUAGAUGUGAAAGAUGCAGGAUAUCAACCACCAUUAGAUGAAAAAUAUGUAAAAGAAAUGUCACCAGAAGAAAUUGCAAAUACUAGGCCUUUUAGGGGAAGAGGUUUCAGACCAAGAUUCUUUCGUGGAUUUAGAGGUGGAAGAGGUGGGUUCAUGAGGCGAGGUGGUUAUAGACCAUUUGGUGAUAGAAUGUAUGAUGGAAGAAAUAGCUUUAGAGGUGGUAGAGGAUAUGGUGGUAGUUUUGGUAGAGGAGGAUUUAGAUCAGGUGGAGGAAUGGGUGUAUCUGGAAGAGGUGGAUACAGAGGAGGAUUUCGAGGAGGCAAAGAUGGUGGAUAUCGAGGAAGCAGAGGUGGUUUUCGAGGUGGCAGAGGUGGUUUUAGAGGAGGAAGAGCCUUAUCUUAA